AUGGCACCUCAAAUAACCCGUAAAAGGUUCAAACUGGACGAUACGUCGAUGGAGCAGCCUUUGAGAAGCAAGCCCGUCAACGUGGUGGCAAAGGCGGUGUCUGGUAAGAGUCCCGUUGCUCGGAAACGACGCAAAGUCGAGGAUCCGUAUUCAAGUGUUUUUGACCAUCAACACGUCGAAAUCCGGCUGGCAGACGAAAAUUGGCGCGCUAGAACCGCAGACGCAUCCCCAAGCGGUUCCCAGGAACGUUCAAAGUCCGUUUCCAAGCUUCAAAUGAAAGAUCACAAAUCGGGAGCUCGGCGGCUAAAGAUCAAAAACCCGCUCCAAACAGCAGACUUACCCCGGCCUUUUCUGGAUGCAGACCGGUCCAUCCAGCUCGACGAUUUUGACCAGCCGCCGGAUUCCACUUCGACGCCGAUUAUGGGGAGUCCAAGAUCGGCCUCGCUCGAAGUUGGCCCUUAUGGACGUGUUGACAGUUACCAAAACAACAGCAACGACCCCGAUUUUGAUCCGUGGAUCGUGGACGAAUCUUGGCCUAUAAGCCACUCCCAACGAUACCAAGAACCCUUUGCGCCAGACCUAAGCCCUGCCUGGCAUCCGGGCCACGUUUAUGGGAUUCCUCUAGCACCCAGUUCUCGCAAUCCCGACAAAUCUGGCAUACUGAGAGCUCAGCAUACGCCUCUCAGACAUAGAGGAAUCGAACAUUUCUCUCAAAAGUUUACGGGCGGUCCUACAGCUGAAUCGUAUCCGUGGUAUACUGUGGGUGCCACUUACAAAUCGCCAAGAAGGGCUUUGUGCGGCGGAAGACUAGACGCACGCAACUCCAGUCAGAAUAGCUACAGAUCCAGCGGCGGAGAGGCUACGCGCAGCUCAUGA